AUGACAUACGAUUAUACAAGGUUCUCCGGGCCGUUGAGAAAUUUCACGGUCACCGUUGCGCUGACCAUCACGAUAGUCGGCAUUUCCGGGAAUCUCCUGACAAUCAUUGCCCUGCUCAAGUACCCCAAAGUGCGCAACGUCGCGGCUGCAUUUAUCAUAAGCUUGUGCGUCUCGGAUUUUAUUUUCUGCCUGCUGGUGCUGCCGUUCGACUCUAUUAGAUUUUACGACGCGAGCUGGACGAAAAACCGCUUCUUAUGCGUACUCGUGCCAUUUCUGCGCUACGGCAACGUCGGCGUGAGCCUACUCCUCGUGGGCCUGCUCUCGAUACACCGGUACGUCAUGAUUGCCCACCACGGGAUUUUCAGCCGCGUUUACAAGAGACACUGGAUCGCGGCGAUGAUCCUCUUUUGCUGGGUAUUCUCGUACGGCAUGCAAGUCCCGACUCUCAUGAACCUAUGGGGAAAAUUUGCUUACGACGAGAAACUCGGUACCUGUUCCAUCGUCAAGGACGAUUUUGGCCGGUCGCCCAAGGCGUUUCUCUUCAUCAUGGGCUUCGUCAUCCCGUGCAUGGUCAUCGUCGGCUGCUACGCUAAAAUCUUCUGGGUCGUUCACAAAUCGGAAUCCAGAAUGCGGAUGCACGCGGCAACGCCGAGCGGCAAGUCGCCUCACGCGUUGAGUAAAGACGCUCGCGAGACGAAGCAGCGACGGAGCGAGUGGAGGAUCACCAAGAUGGUCCUAGCCAUCUUUCUCGGCUUCAUCGUUUGCUACCUGCCCAUUACCAUUGUCAAGGUCUACGACACGGAAGUCGAGUAUCCUGAGUUCCACGUGCUGGGAUACCUACUGCUUUACUUGUCGUCCUGUAUAAAUCCAAUAAUCUACGUGAUUAUGAAUAAGCAGUACCGGCAAGCGUAUGCCGGGGUUAUAAGCUGCUCGAAGAUCCGCGCCAGUUUCACGUCCCACGGGAGCAGCGCGCCCGGUCAGAACCACAAAAACAAUGUCGGACAUCACCAAGAUUAUUCGAAAGACUACAGUAAGACAAUGGUGUCCACUGUAUCUAUUGCCAUGAACUCCGUUAAAGAUGCUGAUCACGAUGAUUACAUUUAAGAAGAAGGAACAGACAAAAAAGAGAUGGAGGAAAAAUUCGAAGAACAAAACGUGUAUAGACUGAGCGUCGAAGAUGAGAAAAAUCAUGUUUUUAACAUUUUUAUGCUAUUAAUUGACUCAAUUUAGGGCUUUCAAGAGGAAAAGUGAUUCACGAACAAAAACGAAUGUAGCAUACAUUCCAUUUUAUUUUAAAAUUAAUUAAUUGUUUUUAUUCACGCCUAGGCGUCAUGUAUAAACUCAUAUAAAUAUAUACAUCGACCAAAGAGUUGAGAAAGAUGUACGUGUAAAUAAGUAUAAAAUGUAUAAAAAAAAAAAAAAAAACGAAAGACGCACGCGUAUGUAUUUGACAGCUAUAAUAUUUAUUUCAUCGUCACUUGUGUAUGUGUUUUGUGAAAAAUGUUUUGCAAAACGUAUGUUAUGGCAUGCCGUCUCAUAUUACUAGACAAUAAUUAUUGAUAAACACCAUACCGAAAAAAACAUGGUUAACAUUUUUAAAAA